GUGACCCCCUGCUCCCCCGCUGUCAACUAUGAGCCGCCAUCCCCGGGGGAGAGCAUCACGAAGCAGGUAGAUGCCCUGGAUGCCACGAAAUCCCCCAGAAGCGGGCAGUCAUGCCGCAAAACAUCCAGGUGCAUGAGCCUGACCACGGCUAUGGAGAGCAGCUGUGAGCUGGACCUGGUGUACAUCACGGAGCGGAUCAUCGCCGUCUCCUACCCCAGCACAGCCGAGGAGCAGAGCUUCUGCAGCAACCUCCGCGAGGUGGCCCACAUGCUGAAGUCCAAGCACGGGGACAACUAUGUGCUUUUCAACCUCUCUGAGCGGAGACAUGAUAUCAGCAAACUUCACCCCAAGGUGCUGGAUUUUGGGUGGCCUGACCUGCACACCCCGGCACUGGAGAAGAUCUGCAGCAUUUGCAAAGCCAUGGACACGUGGCUCAACGCGGCGGGGCACAACGUGGUGGUGCUGCACAACAAGGGGAACCGUGGCCGGCUGGGGGUGGUGGUGGCUGCCUACAUGCACUACAGCAACAUCUCGGCCAGCGCCGAUCAGGCUCUGGACAGGUUUGCCAUGAAGCGCUUCUACGAGGACAAGGUGGUGCCGGUGGGACAGCCGUCCCAGAAGAGGUACAUCCAUUACUUCAGUGGGCUUCUGUCUGGCAGCAUCAAAAUGAACAACAAGCCCCUCUUCCUCCACCACGUCAUCAUGCACGGCAUCCCCAACUUCGAGUCGAAAGGCGGUUGUCGGCCCUUCCUGAAAAUCUACCAGGCCAUGCAGCCCGUCUACACCUCGGGGAUCUACAAUGUGCAAGGAGACAGCCAGACGGGUAUUUGCAUCACCAUUGAGCCUGGUUUGCUCCUCAAGGGCGAUAUCUUGCUGAAGUGUUACCACAAGAAGUUUCGCAGCCCGACCCGCGACGUGAUUUUCCGUGUGCAGUUCCACACGUGCGCUGUGCACGACCUCGACAUCGUCUUUGGCAAGGAGGACCUGGAUGAGGCCUUCAGAGAUGACCGCUUCCCUGAGUAUGGAAAGGUGGAGUUCGUGUUCUCCUAUGGCCCUGAGAAGAUCCAAGGCAUGGAGCACCUGGAGAACGGGCCCAGUGUCUCUGUGGACUACAACACAUCCGACCCACUCAUCCGGUGGGAUUCCUACGAGAACUUCAACAUCCAGCGUGAGGAUGGUGCAGAGGGCGCUUGGGCUGAGCCGCCCCUGCCUGGCAAGCACCUGGAGAAAGAGGUUGGGCACACGCAAGGGCCCCUGGAUGGGAGCCUCUACGCUAAAGUGAAGAAGAAAGACUCCCUUCACGGCAGCACCGGUGCCGUCAACACCGCCCGCCUCCCGCUCUCGGCAGCGCCCAACCACGUCGAGCACACACUCUCAAUCGAGCAGUCCAUCGAAGCGCUCGACGUCCUCAUGCUGGACCUCGCGCCCUCCGUCCACAAAUCGCAGAGCGUGCCUGCCGCCUCCCGCCAGGACAAGCCAGCGGGACCCCUGCUUUCCUCCGUCUCAGCCCAGCCCAUCGCCAGUUCCACAAGUCUCUACGCCCGACCAGUUCCGCAAGUGGUCCAGCCGAGGUCCUUCGGCACCUCUGUGAGCCCCGUGGUCUCUGAGCCCGGAGGCAAAGCCUAUUCUCCCGGGGAGCCGGAUUAUGGGGUACAUGAAUACCGGGAAACCUAUUCGCCCUACAGCUACCAGCUGGCCCCGGUGCCGGAGCCGAGGAGCUACAGCCAUGCCCCGGCCGGAGCACCGAUGGGCACCCUCCCGCUCAGCACCUCCUACAGCCCCGUGGGGUCUCAGCAGCUCCUCGUCUCCUCCCCGCCUUCCCCCACUGUCGUGCCACAAACCCAGAUGCCCCCCAAGGGACCAGAGAGCUACGAAGACCUGUCAAGGUCGGCAGAAGAGCCCUUGAAUCUGGAGGGCCUGGUGGCCCACAGGGUGGCAGGGGUGCAGGACCAGGAGAAGUCCCCGGAGGAGACCGCCGUCCCUGCCCGCAAGCGGACCCCCAGCGACAGCCACCAUGAGAAGAGCUCUCCGGAGCCCAGCUCGCCCCGCAGCCCCACCAUCCUCUCACCUGAGGUGGUCAGCACCAUUGCGGCCAACCCCGGAGGAAGGCCCAAAGAGCCUCACCUCCACAGCUACAAGGAAGCCUUCGAAGAGAUGGAGGGUGCCUCCCCCACCAGCCCACCCUCCGGCGGCGUGCGUUCUCCCCCUGGCCUGGCCAAGACCCCGCUCUCAGCACUGGGGCUGAAACCCCACAACCCGGCUGAGAUCCUGCUGCACCCAGUGGGAGAGCUAGAAGGGGAGGCGGGCGGUGACUCUGAAGAAGAGCCCAGGAGCUAUGUCGAGUCGGUGGCCCGCACGGCCACGACAGGCAGGGGAGGGAGCCUGCCCACUGCCGAGCCUGGGGGCCCGGAGGUGUCUGCCAGGAAUGGUUCCUUCACCAGCUCCUUCACCGCUCCCAGCCCCGUCUCCACCAGCAGCCCCAUUCACAGCGUGGACGGCCCGGACUCGGCUCCCUACCGCCAAGGCAGCCCCACGCCGCAGCCCGCGCUGCCCGAGAAGCGGCGGAUGUCGGCCGGGGACCGCUCCAACAGCCUCCCCAACUACGCCACCGUCAACGGCAAGGCGUCCUCGCCCCUCUCCAGUGGCAUGUCCAGCCCCAGCGCUGGGAGCAGCGUUGCCUUCUCCCACACCCUGCCAGACUUCUCCAAGUUCUCCAUGCCAGACAUUAGCCCCGAGACUCGUGCCAACGUCAAGUUUGUGCAGGACACUUCCAAAUACUGGUACAAACCGGAGAUCUCCAGGGAGCAGGCCAUCGCCCUGCUGAAGGACAGGGAGCCAGGGGCUUUCAUCAUCCGAGACAGCCACUCCUUCCGGGGAGCCUACGGCCUCGCCAUGAAAGUGGCUUCUCCGCCUCCUACCGUCAUGCAGCAGAACAAGAAAGGAGACAUCACCAAUGAGCUGGUGAGGCACUUCCUCAUCGAGACCAGCCCACGGGGUGUGAAAUUAAAAGGGUGCCCGAACGAGCCCAAUUUUGGCUGCCUCUCGGCUCUGGUGUACCAGCACUCCAUCAUGCCCUUGGCCCUGCCCUGCAAGCUGGUCAUUCCCGACCGAGAUCCCAUGGAGGAAAAGAAAGACACUGCGUCGGCCACCAACUCGGCCACGGACCUCCUGAAACAGGGUGCGGCCUGCAAUGUCCUCUUCAUCAAUUCGGUUGAGAUGGAGUCGCUGACGGGCCCCCAGGCCAUUUUCAAAGUCUCUGCACAAGGCAUCACCUUAACUGACAACCAGAGGAAAUUGUUCUUCCGACGACACUACCCCCUGAACACCGUCACCUUCUGCGACCUGGACCCCCAGGAACGAAAGUGGACUAAAACUGAUGGCAGCGGCCCAGCCAAGCUCUUCGGCUUCGUGGCCAGGAAGCAAGGGAGCACCACAGACAACAUCUGCCACCUCUUCGCCGAGCUGGACCCAGACCAGCCAGCUGCAGCCAUCGUCAACUUUGUCUCCAGAGUCAUGCUCGGCUCUGGCCAGAAAAGAUGAGCCGGCGCUUGCGGGUGAUUCUUGAAUUUUGGAGAAGGACUUGGAGCUGAUCCGAGAAGGAGUGUGAGAAAGUGCAUUGUGGGAGAGGGAAGUGAAUCGGGGGGGG